AUGACAACAUUGCAACCAGUUAAUCCAAAGCCAUUUCUGAAUGGACUGACCGGCAAACCAGUUGUUUGCAAACUGAAAUGGGGUAUGGAAUAUAAAGGAUACCUGGUUUCUGUUGAUGGUUACAUGAAUUUGCAGUUAGCCAACGCUGAAGAAUAUAUUGAUGGCCGACACACUGGUGAUGUUGGAGAAGUUUUGAUUAGGUGCAAUAACGUAUUGUGGGUUGGUGGGGCUGAGGAAAGCAGUGAAAUGCAGCAUUGA